AUGCCGGCCGCUCCGGCCGCCUCCGCUGCAGCACGUGGCGACACCAGGAAGCCACGAGAGCCUCGGAACCUCCUGACCCGCGGGGACUCCCCGCCUUGGCUGGGCCAAGAGGGCAGCGGUAACGCGACGGGCCUGAACGCGGCAUCUGGGCCCGGAACUGCCACGGACAGGCUCGCGCGGUACCGCGGCGCGCCGGGGGAGCCCGGCCUCUACCUGGCCCUGCUGGGCCGCGUGUUCGACGUGCAGCGCGGCCGCAGGCACUACGGCCCCGGCGGCGCCUACAGCGGCCUCUCGGGCAGAGACGCCACCAGGGCCUUUGUGACCGGGGACUUCUCGCCCGCGGGGCUCGUGGACGACGUGUCGGGGCUGCCGCCGCUGCAGACGCUCGCGCUGCGCCGCUGGCUCGCCUUCUACCGCAGCAACUACGUCCCGGUGGGAAAGCUCGUGGGCAGAUACUAUGAUGAAAACGGAGCACCGACAGAAGCCUUAAGGCAGGCGGAGGCUGCUAUUGAGGAAGGCCUGAGGCUGAAGGCAGAAAGCGACCAGAGGAAGCAGCAGUUUCCACCCUGCAACUCGGAGUGGAGCUCUGCCGUGGGCAGCCGCUUCUGGUGCUCCAAGCAGAGUGGUGGCGUAAGCAGGGAGUGGGUUGGAGUGCCCCGGAAACUCUACACGCCUGGAUCAAGAGGGAGCCGCUGCGUGUGCGUGAGAGCUACUGGUCCCCCGUCCGGAGAGCUGGAUGCACCUGAGCACCGGGACAGAGGAGAUCUGGAUGACCCCCAUCUGGAGGAAUACGAAGGCUGCCAUCCCCAGGCUGAGUGGUGCGUCCUGAAAGUGUGACCGGAGCGCUGGACGCGGGCACCAAAUCCUGCUGCAGCUCCCGCUGCGCUCCCUGCCACCUUCCAUUUGCCCACGCAAGGGGAGAGAGCAAUUCCAAGGUCUUCAUAACUGGAUUUCACACAUGACAAUGGAGCUGAGAGGAAGAGGGAACACUUUUAGCUAAAUCUUGUAGAUAACUGCUAAAAAUGAGCAUUGGGAAAUUUACUUUCCUAGAGAAAAUCCCUGUGGUAUUUUACACCAUAAAAAUAUGGCUUUAUUCUUAUGCUGUUUUCACAUCUGGAGAUAAAUUGUAGUAUAUGUAGCCUGGACUGGCUUUAAAAAUCGAUGUUGUAUGCAGUCAGGAAAUAGAUGCCUGUAUGCAUAGUGGUAUUACAUGCUGUAUUUUAAGGAAAUGAGUUGCUGAGCACAAGAAUUACUGCAGCAUCAUUGACUUCAGCUUUUACACAGCGCUCCCCUGUCACUCAGGCUCUGCUUCCUACAGCACAGUGAUAACGCUCCUUCCUUAUCACCUGCUUUGCUCUGAAGAGCUUAAAGGUAGCAGGGGAGAAGCCUGGAUUUCUCCUGCAAUGAAGGUUUGGAGUAUCUAAGAUCUGGUGGAGUUUAGUUAUACAAAAGCUCUGCUAUCAUGUUCUUGGAGUACAGAAGGCAAAGGUCAUAGCUGCAUUUCCUUGUUUGAUAUUUGAAGUAGAUGUUGAGCAAAGAAGAUAUCAGAAGGUACCAGUGAAGAUUGCUAUUUUCCACAAACCUCGCCCUCCUGGUCCUCGGAUUGAUUUACUACUUUCAAAUGACUCAGAGGUCAAGAAUUGAUUGUUUUAAUUAGACUGUAAUGAUAAAGCUGUGCAACCGCACAACCACCCUGCUGCAAUCUCCCUCUUAUUCCUAUUUCUCUGCUGGUUUAUGACAUCUUUCUCUGUCCUCAAUCCGAUACGUGUCCAUCAGGGCCCACAUGCUAUAAACCAGGCAGCACCAGGUUUUCUGUUUUCCUUGAGUCUGUUGCUAAAUACGUGGUCCAGCUCUGCCACGGUUCUGUGCUGAGUUGUGUUCAGGUCCUCUUCCUAAAGUGACAACCUCCUAUUUAUGAACCAAGAGAUCCUUC